UAACAAGACAGGAAGUGAGCACAGUGACAGUUAGCUAUCAUGGCGGUGGAUGUUAAAUCCCGAGCCAAACGGUAUGAGAAGCUGGACUUUCUCGGAGAGGGUCAGUUUGCCACAGUGUACAAAGCCAGGGACAAAAUCACUGACACCAUAGUUGCUAUUAAAAAGAUUAAAGUUGGCCACAGAACUGAAGCUAAAGAUGGUAUCAAUAGAACAGCUCUACGAGAGAUCAAACUGCUGCAGGAGCUGCAUCAUCCAAAUAUCAUUGGGCUGCUGGAUGCCUUUGGGCAUAAGUCCAAUAUCAGUUUGGUGUUUGAUUUCAUGGAGACAGAUCUAGAGGUUAUUAUUAAAGACACCAGUUUAGUCCUGACUCCAGCCCACAUUAAAGCCUACAUCCUCAUGACUCUACAGGGAUUAGAGUACAUGCACCAACACUGGGUCCUGCACAGAGAUCUGAAGCCUAAUAAUCUGCUGUUAGAUGAAAAUGGAGUGUUGAAGUUGGCUGAUUUUGGGUUGGCUAAAUCAUUUGGAAGCCCCAACAGAGUCUACACACAUCAAGUUGUAACCAGAUGGUACCGCUCCCCUGAGCUCCUGUUUGGUGCCAGGAUGUAUGGUGUGGGUGUUGACAUGUGGGCAGUGGGAUGCAUCUUGGCAGAGUUACUACUUCGGAUACCAUUCCUUGCUGGAGACUCUGAUCUUGACCAGUUGACAAAGAUCUUUGAAGCUCUUGGGACCCCCACAGAAGAAACAUGGCCUGGAGUCAGUAGUUUACCGGACUACGUGUCCUUCAAAAUAUUUCCUGGUACACCUUUGGAACAUAUAUUCAGUGCAGCAGGAGAUGACUUACUGGAGCUGCUACAGGGGCUCUUCACCUUUAAUCCCUCAACAAGAACUACAGCCACACAGGCUCUAAAGAUGAGGUACUUCAGUAAUCGACCGGGUCCAACUCCUGGUCCCCAACUCCCCCGACCCAAUUGUUCAACCGAGGCUCUGAGGGAAAAGGAUACAGUCAAGUUGAAGAGGAAAAUAGAAGGCCAGGAGACGACUGGGAUGAAAAAGAAGUUGAUUUUUUGACCCAACAGACCCUGGUCAAUUAGACGAUCACCAUCUUCACACCUUAUUGCUCAGGAUUGUCUGCUGGAAUGAAACAGUCCACCAAGGAAAAAGACUGCUGUGGUUGACUUUGGGACAUUUUAGAGGUUGUAGCUGUUACAAAAAUUGGACGUUGUGCCUAAGGUUACCUUUAAGUAUCCAUGGUGCUGCUGUGUUCAACACUUGGUGUACAACAGACUGUCUUUGGUCAGUAGUUAUGGCUAUUGCCCUCCUUCAUUUCAGCAAUGAUGCCUUAACCUGGAGCCCAUCAGAACAUUAUUUAUGUUAUUAAAAAA